GCUGCGCUGACAGCAUCGGCAGAAGGGGCGGGCGCCCGCGUUGCCUCCUCCCUCCUCCAGCGGCCUCAGCCCGGCCCGAGGGGAGGACGAGGAGGCCCGCGGCACGCUGGACAUCGCGCCGCCUGCCAUCCCGCCGCUUGCGUGCCUCGCCACCACAGGGGGUCUCGGGUGUCCACUGCGGUCCAGGGCGCGGGGGUGUGGGCAGGCGGGCAGGGGGCGGGCUCCGCACCGCUGCUGCUCCAGCUGCGGGCGCUCCAGAGGCGCUCAAGGCUCCCGAGGGUUCCCUGCCGGGUGCUGCGCUACCCCACAAGCUGCCCGCAUGGACACGGCGCUGAAGCGGGGCCGGCCGGAGGAGCUGCAGGGCGAGGUCCCCCAGCUGCCGCCGCCGCCACCCCUGGGGGCGGAGGAGGAAGAGGAGACGGAGCCAGAGCUGAUGGAACAGGAGGAGGAAGAGGAGGAGGAAGAGAGGGAGGAGGAGGUGGACCCUAGAAUUCAGGGAGAACUGGAGAAGUUAAAUCAGUCUACGGAUGAAAUCAACAGACGGGAAACUGAACUGGAGGAUGCCCGCCAGAAGUUCCGCUCUGUUCUGGUAGAAGCCACAGUCAAACUGGAUGAGCUGGUCAAGAAAAUCGGCAAGGCGGUGGAAGACUCGAAACCUUACUGGGAGGCCCGGCGGGUAGCCAGACAGGCCCAGCUUGAAGCCCAGAAGGCGACUCAGGACUUCCAGAGGGCAACCGAGGUUCUCCGAGCUGCCAAGGAGACCAUCUCCCUGGCUGAGCAGAGGCUGCUGGAGGAUGACAAACGGCAGUUUGACUCCGCCUGGCAAGAAAUGCUUAAUCACGCCACCCAGCGGGUCAUGGAGGCUGAGCAGACCAAGACGAGAAGUGAGCUGGUGCACAAGGAGACAGCAGCCAAGUACAAUGCUGCCAUGGGCCGCAUGAGGCAGCUGGAGAAGAAACUCAAGAGGGCCAUCAACAAAUCCAAACCUUAUUAUGAACUCAAGGCAAAAUACUACGUCCAGCUCGAGCAAUUGAAGAAGGUGGUGGAUGAUCUGCAGGCCAAACUGUCUCUGGCCAAAGGCGAGUACAAGACAGCACUGAAGAACCUGGAGAUGAUUUCUGAUGAGAUCCAUGAGAGGAGGCGUUCCAGUGCCAUGGGUCCCCGGGGCUGUGGGGUGGGCGCUGAGGGCAAUGGCGUGUCUGCAGAGGAUCUCUCCAGGAACAAGGUGGAGUUCGACUCAGCUUCAGUGGCCUCGGAGGCAUUCGAAGAGGACAACUGCGGCAGCUUUGUGUCGGAAGACGAUUCCGAAACCCAGUCUGUGUCCAGCUUCAGUUCGGGGCCGACGAGUCCUUACGAGCUCCCGAGCCCGUUGUCUCUGGUCAUGAGGCCUGGCAGCCUCGAUCUGCCCAGCCCCGUGUCCCUCUCCGAGUUUGGGAUCAUGUUUCCCGUGCUGGGGCCCCGGAGUGAAUGCAGCGGGGCUUCGUCCCCAGAGUGCGAAGUGGAAAGAGGGGACAGGGCAGAAGGGGCCGAGAACAAGACGAGCGACAAAGCCAACAACAACCGGAGCGUCGGCAUGGCCGGCGGCGGACACGGCGGCACUUCCUCCCCCGCAGACCGGAGCCUGGACAACGAGCUCAAGCAGCUGUCGCUCCAGUACCCGAAGGGAAAGGACGGGCUCGUGGGCGACAGAAAAGUGGUGCAGAUAGGCUGAAGGGCGGAGGAGGCCGGUGCCCCGAGGUCGGAGGAUUGACGUGGGAAACUAGCCGUUCGGACAGUGUUGUGCCAAUAUUUCUUUACUAUAUGCCAAAUCUUAAGCAUUUACUCUGAACUGCACUGAUGGGGUUUGUGACGCGGCGGGCCGGAGCCAGCUCUGCUUCGGUGCCCAGCACGGUGUCCUGGGGAGGGGCGGGCUUGGGAGGAUGGAGGCUGGGAGCCGGCCAGGCAUUUGUAAACUACGUUUUCCCCAACAUCCUUGUUAGGAGCAAUAAGAGCCGCUUCCCAGACUCUGGCCAGAAAGCAGGAGGGCUGGGAGGUGGGCAUUGGGCUCUCCUUCCUCUUCCUAGACCCGCUCCCCGGGCCUCUGGGGCCGGCGGCCUCCUCAACGAAACGACUUCAAUCAUCGUCACUCAGAGAACUGGAAGGUCUUUCAGAAUGUGGCCUCCCCAAAGCCGUCCUCUCUGGGUCCCAGAGGAGAGGCCCAGCCUGACCCGCGGCCUCUCCUCCACAAGUGACCCGCUGUUAAGCCGGCCAAUGGUGCUCGCCACGGGCACCCCCUGGGCGCUCUGGCCCGGGAGGCCUGGGAACUUGCUGUCGGGGGCUCCUGGCUGGGGCAGGCAGUGUAGGGUAGGCCUGGCGAUGCCAGCCAAGGGGUGGUGGGAGGGGGGGAUCCACGGUUUGUUCUUCAUGAGAUGCAUGUGCCGGAGCCGUCGGCCUUUGUGGACUCUAGACUGACAAAGUGUUCAUUUCUGUGGGUUGUAACUUUUUCCUUCUCUUUUAAAAAGCAAUUCCUAAGGGUGACGCGGCUCCCGCGUACGUGACACUGUUCCUUCCAAGCUAGAAAGAGGGAGUUAGGCAUGUCUUGGCAAAGGCUGUCCCGCAGAAGCGGGGGGCCUCGUAGUUAUGCUCAUAGUUAAGCGUAGGUUACUUUUCUUUCCCGUUUUGGUGGUUUGCGUAGAUAAAGCACCGUAGCUGUCCCUUUGGUUCAAUGGGGGGGGGGGGGGCAUCACACCAACCGUUCCGACUCUCAGCCUAUUUCAGGAAUGAGGUCUUGGAUUCUCUGUUAUUGAUGUCACUGUUCCUGCCCCAUCUCCAAUAGCCAGUCCUGUUUGUAAACUUCUUCAUAUUGGUAAACCUUCAAUUUUUCCUAUUUUUUAUGGACUGAUACGGUAUCCUGAUUUCAAAGUUAUUUUGUACUUGUCUUAAUACCUUGAAUGUAAUAAAAACAAAAUCUCAAGCCA